AUGACGGGACUUCCCGCUCCGCCGUCCGCCCGGGGAGAGUAUUUAGGACGCGGAGUCCGUCCGGGAGAGCAGACGACAGGUGCACCGGGCAUCAGCGCGUCCUCAGGCGGGCGGAGAGGGAAGGGGAACGGGGCUUUACUGAACUUAUGGAAAGUGGAGAUGAAACGUACAGGUGGACGAUCAAACGACUGGGACAAUAUGAGCAGAAUGCUGAGGGAUUUCGUAGGAAAGAGAAGACAAUGCUGCUUCAAGGGACAAAACGAGGCCCGUCACGUCUCGUACAAGCGGUUCAGGAGGCGGAUCAUCCGGAGGACCGGCAGCGGGGGUCCAGCUGCGAGUACGCCGCUGGCCACCGGGCGGCAGUGUGGGCCCAGCUUUGAGCUCGACACGGUCCGUCAGAGACUUGAUCUGGAUUCUCCACCGAGACACCGUGAACCAGCACGGAGGGUACCAAUAGGGCCGAGCCACAAACCCUCAUGUGUCCAUUCUUUGUCCUUUUCACCAGCAAACACACCACGCACUUUCAUUGCUAGGGAACGUCCCGCCACAGAAAAUGCCCCAGAACAGGGAUGGGUGUGGAGAGCUGCAGUUCAAGAACAUGGAGGUGCACAAAAGCCUGGUUCUGAUGAGAGAAGUCAUGCUCUGCAGCCGUUUGCUCUCUUGGAAAAAACUUCCAUGAGUCAGCGGGGAAAGUCAGUGAUGAAGUUGGCGGCACCGUCACUGCUGAAUGACUACUACACUAAUCUUCUCGACUGCAGUUGUAACGGUGUGAUUGCAUUAGCACUGGGUUCUUCUGUCUACCUUUGGAAUUCAGAAACCCGCUCUCUGUUGGGAUCUGUGGACCCGAGUCCACAACCGGGACAGGCGCGCCAUCAGACGCCAUCCAUCUCCUGCCUGAGCUGGAGCGGGGACGGCAGUGCUCUCUGCAUCGGGACCCGGCGAGGGGAGAUACAGCUGUGGGAUGUUGAACACAAGCUGAACCUGAGGUUUCUGCCGUCACACCUGUCUGUGGUCAGAGGGCUUUCCUGGAAACAGCAGUUACUCAGCAGCGGUUCCUCGCUCGGACGCAUCCAUCACCUCGACCCUCGGGUUCCUGAGCCUUUGGUGGGCACCGCCAUCCAGGAGGAGGGGGUCUGCAGCCUCCAGUGGUCACCGGGAGGAGACUGGCUGGCCAGCGGCUCCACAGAGGGCCUUCUCCGUAUUUGGAGUGGCGACAUUGCGGGGGUCACACGUUCACGUCAGCCAAUCACCACGAUGAGACAGCCCAGCGCUGUUAAGGCAAUGGGUUGGUGUCCAUGGCAGAGAAAGACCAUCGCCACAGGAGGCGGAUGGAAAGAUGGAGAGCUUAGAGUCUGGGACACGGAAUCGGGCACAUGCGUGACUUCUGCCAAGACAAAUUCUCAGAUCUGUUCUCUGAGCUGGGCCGAGAAGAAGAAAUGUCUGGUCACAAGUCACGGCCUUCCUCAUCACCAAGUCAACUGCUGGUCCUGGGAGUUCCCCUCCCUCAGCCCCGUCUACCAGCUCACAGGUCAUUCUCAUCGAGUCCUGCACUUGGCCGUAAACCCUGACGGUACUCAGAUUUUCUCCGCUGGAGCAGACCAGCAGUUUCACGUCUGUGACGUCAUCGCUGAACCUGGACGAUGAAUGUCGGUGAUGUGUCAAACCUGUGUUCACACAUACAAGGAGCCCACUUUCUUGGUAAUGUCAUUGUGUGAAGAAUGCACAUUUCCUGUUCCCUGCUCUGAGCUCCCCACAAUGAGAAGCUAACAAACCACAGUCAAACUAAUUGUCAUUCUAAAACAGUUAAUUUCAGGGUGAAAUGAUGCAUUGAGCAGUGACUCAGAUUAUACACAAUACAUUCCCUUUACUUCUGUUUUAGCUACCGAUAAGUUUAACUUUUUUGAUGAUUGAAAUAUGCAUAACAGCGCAGUCACAUGAGGAAAGUACAGGAAAUGCUGGUUGUGUGUGAAGAAUAGUAAUAAUGAUAAUAAUUAUUAAAUCACUGAGCACCUAUAAGCAAGAAGCAGAAAGUGCUUUCCCAUGCAGGGAGAAAGCAUUAAAAGACAAUAAAGCCUUUAAAAUCAACAGCAUCAGUCAGUUCCAUAUAAAAUCAUCCAUAAAUGAUGUAAACAAAUAGGUCAAGAAGGCAACAAGCAUAAUCCACCACAAAUGUGUUUUAAGGUUUUAAGGCAUGGCUUUCAAAGCUUAGACAGUGACUUAUACCAACUUGAGUAUUGUUUCAAAGCUUAGAACGGCAUUAGCUCGAUCCUCUCUUUAAAUAGAGGGUGGCAACUCUCAACUUGGCGACGGCUUAGCCGGCAACUAGAAUCUAGCAGUGAUAACAGCACUAACAGCGCAAACUGUGCUGACAGAGCUUACAGGGUUGACCUGAGGGGGAUUGAUGAAGGGUGGGUGCUAUGCUUCUGCAAUGAUCUGCGCCGUUGUCGGCUCUAGGCGCCGAUUGAGCCCAGUGAAGAACAGCGGCCACAUUGCUAGCCGGGAGGGCACCAAAGGCACUCACUGCCGGUCCCGGUUAUGUCAACAAAGCAAGGAGAAGCUUGGAUAACAACACAGAGGGAGAGUGACUUCACUCUCUGCACAGGUAGACAUUACCCCACUAUAUCUUCACAUAGCAAAUAAUUGUUUGUUGAAAUAUGCAUACUCUGAAUCCUCUAUAUUGCACCUUUAACCUAGUUUAAGCAGCCUUUCUGGACAGUAAAUAGUCACAAUUUCACCCUUCAAAGCCUUGUAUAUGAUGAUGCAUUUCAUAAACAAUGAAAAGAAAAGUUAGACUUUUUUUGUUUUUUGCUCAGGGGAAGUUUGAAUGCAACUUCUCAUUCUUGAUGAAGUAGUUUGCUCUUGGAAAUUAAAUAAUUGUAUAUUUGUGUAACUUGUAAAAAUUAUGAUAAUGUUUUGUUCCAUGUAUGUUAUCCUUUCUUUCUUGCCCUUGAAGGUAACCUUGUGUGAUAUGUAACCCAAUUAACGUUGGUAUAUGUGCCACUUUGAACAAUUAAAUUAAU